CUGCUCACUGGCAAAAAACGCCAUCAAUAUGUGACUCCAUCCACAUUAAUCAGUCAAGUCCUGUCAGGUGUCCAUGAUGAUGCUGGCCAUCAGGGUCAAAGCAGAACUCUGUAUCUAGCUAGGCAGAGAUUUUUCUGGAUCAACAUGGAGCAUGACAUCCGUGAGCAUGUCAAGUGCUGUAAACGUUGUGUUAUCAGUAAGACACUUGAACCUGAAGGGAGGGCCCCUCUAGAAAGUAUUAAAACUACCAGUCCUCUUGAGCUUGUCUGCAUAGACUUCUGGUCCGCAGAAGAUCACAAAGGCAAGAGUGUGGAUGUUUUAGUAGUGACUGAUCACUUCACCAAGAUGGCCCAUGCUUUCCAGUGUUCAGAUCAGACGGCAAAACAAGUUGCGCGUCAGUUGUGGGACAGAUAUUUUUGCGUCUAUGGCUUCCCUCAAAGGAUCCAUUCAGAUCAGGGUGCCAGUUUUGAGAGUGAGUUGAUUCAAGAGUUGCUGCAGGUAGCUGGAGUGCAAAAGUCAAGAACGACACCUUAUCACCCUAUGGGUAAUGGUCACACUGAAAGGUUUAACAGAACCUUGGGAAAUAUGAUCAGAGCCUUACCUCCAAGGGAGAAACACAAGUGGCCUCAAAUGCUACAGACAUUGACUUUUAUCUACAACUGUACUGCUCAUGAGUCCACUGGCUAUGCACCGUUCUUCCUAAUGUACGGGCGUGUCCCCAGGUUACCAGUGGAUGUCAUGUUCCACAAUGUUGCAAGGGACAAUGAUGUAGCAGAUUAUGACAGUUAUGUCAAAAGAAUGAGAGAUGACCUCAGAGAAGCACUCACACUGGCUCAAACUCACACCGGAAUCAGUCAGCAGCGUCAAACAGACCUGUAUAACAAAAAGCAGAAAGGUGCUGACAUUGAGGAAGGGGAUCGUGUUCUUUUGGCAAACAAGGGCGAGCGGGGCCGUAGGAAGUUAGCUGAUAGAUGGGAGCCGACCAUCUACACUGUGGUCUCCAAGAACCCCACAUGCCAUACGUAUCGCAUCAGGAAUACCAAGAGUGGACAGGAGAAAGUUGUCCAUAGGAACUUGCUCUUGCAAGCUAAUUUCCUGCCCAUUGAAUCUGAGGGUGAACCAGAGAUGUCUUUUGCCAGUGAAUCAGAACUCGGCCAGGAGCAGAGUCAAUCUGAUGGAGAAUCUCCUGUUGCUGAUUGUGAGGUUGACUGUACUGAACGCACAGCCCACUGGGUAGCUAAGAUGGCAGAUGAUUGUGUCCCAGCUCUUAGAGGACCCCAAGAGAGUGACAGUGUUGGGGACAGUAUCUGUGCGCAGUUUGAUGAUGAGGAGCAUCGGGACAGUCACAGUGUUGACAAUGAAGUAGCAGCUUACCUUGAAGUAGAUGAUGACAAUGGCAGCAGGAUUUGCGCUACCCUAGUUGAGGAAAGAGCACCACCGAGUACCAGUUAUCCUGAAAGUCAGCCAGCCAGUGAGGUUGGGAGCCUCAAGAAACCUGGCAGUGUGCCCCAAAGUAAAGCAGUGGGUGAGAUCAGAACGAGAGUGGGCCGAAUGGUGAAGCCUGUGAAUAGGCUGAUCCAAAACAUGACACAAAGGAAUCUACAAACAGGCAAUGUGGUCAGCAGCUUUGCCAAGAAUCUAUUUCUGUGAGGACUACUUGUUACAUAUAUUAGGUGAUCUUCAUGUUGGAUGUUAACAUUUAUUUUGAGAUUGUUUCAAGCUCAGGGUAAUAUUCAUUACAUAGUAGCUGUCAUUGUAUUGUUUGUUCAAGAUAGUGUAUAAGGCACUUUCUCUUGCGAGUAAACAUUAGGGGGUCUGGACAGCUUUCUUUUGUUUACUCUCCCCAUGAGUUGGGAGACACAUUUGUUGCAUGUAUCGCCGGGUAGUAAAUUUGCGGAUCACUGACAGUUACAAAUUGUUAUUUGCAAUGCUCAGUUGCUCACCCUUACCUAAUGAGUUUUGAGAAGUUCAGGGGGAAGUAUGUAGCUGGGAUAUAAUAUACUGAGUGUGAACAUUCUCAAAACUGUAUUGUAUAUAGUUUAUUUUUUUUAUUGUGUAAAUUUAAUUUUUGUAAAACUAAGGUUCCACAUGUCACUGUUGAAGUGAGGCAUUGAUCAGUGUGACACCACUUGUAAACAUGCUGCAUGUGUGGGGGUUCCCAGCCAGAGCUGCAUGGACUCCACACUGGUGAGGCACACUCUCUGUAGCUCCUCUCCCUGUAUUAAAUUAUACGCUUAAAUUUGGUGUAUUUUUCUUUAAUAAGUAUUAGUUCUUUUGGCUUAAAGCUCCCAAAGUGUUUUUGAUUACUUUGAACGAGGAAAAUAGUAAUUGGAACUGCCUUUUAUCUGUUACACCAUCCGUUUAUGUGUUCCUUACUUGUGCUAAACAGGGAUGAGCAGAGGCAUGCUGUUGCUGUGUGACACUGAUUUUGCUGCUCCACUUUGUGUUUUAGAGCUGCAUGGACUCCACACUGGGAUGAGCAGAGGCGUGCUGUUGCUGUGUGACACUGAUUUUGCUGCUCCACUUUGUGUUUUAGAAAUAAAUCCAGUUUCCAGCCAGUCUGUGUCUGUCGUCACAACGCAGUCAACCGUUCGAAAUCUGCUACA